AGCGUUUGCGGCUCGCGCGGCGAUAUUUUUGGCCGGCGUCGCCGCGCCGACACUCGCAAUGGUCUGGAGAGCGUGCUCGGUGUGUGCAUUACUCACGCCGCUGGCCCUGAUCGUCUUGACCGUUCAGUUCGCACGAUGGCAUCGGUCGCUGACAGGAGAGCCCCUUGCAGUCAUCGACUGGUUCUGGCUCGUGUGCUUCCGCCUGCUCCAGCCCCGGGACGGCACCAAGCUGGUGCCGGGGCGAGACUUCCGGGUGCCGAGCUCCCUGGAGGGCAAGGUGGCCAUGAUCACGGGGAGCACGCAGGGCAUAGGCCUGGGCAUGGCCAAGCGCUUCCACGGCCUGGGGGCCGACGCGGUCCUCUCGGGCCGGUCCGCCAAGUCCUGCAGCAAGGCCGUGGCGGAGGUACGGAUCGCUACUGACCGCUGGGGGCGCACGGCGUGCUUCCCCGUGGACCAGGCCGA